AUGGCAGGCUCUGGUGAGCGCAAAAGCAAGAAAGAUGACAAUGGCAUCGGGACGGCCAUCGAUUUUGUGCUCUCCAACGCCCGGCUGGUGCUGGGGGUGGGAGGAGCAGCCAUGCUUGGCAUCGCUACGCUAGCAGUUAAGCGGAUGUACGACAGGGCUAUCAGCGCCCCCACCAGCCCCACCCGCCUGAGCCAUUCAGGGAAAAGGAGCUGGGAGGAACCAAACUGGAUGGGCUCUCCCCGACUGCUCAACAAGGACAUGAAGGCAGGCCUGAGCAGGUCCCUGCAGGCUCUUCCCACAGGCUCCUCUGCCUUUGACACAGAUACAUUCUGCCCGCCCCGGCCCAAGCCAUUGGCCAGGAAGGGCCAGGUAGACUUGAAGAAGUCACGACUCCGCAUGUCCCUGCAGGAGAAACUUCUCACUUACUACCGGAACCGGGCGGCCAUCCCUGCCGGCGAGCAGGCUCGGGCCAAGCAAGCUGCUGUGGACAUAUGUGCCGAGCUCCGGAGCUUCCUGCGGGCCAAGUUGCCUGACAUGCCACUUCGGGACAUGUACCUGAGUGGCAGCCUCUAUGAUGACCUGCAGGUGGUGACAGCUGACCACAUCCAACUCAUCGUGCCCCUCGUGUUGGAGCCAAACCUGUGGUCAUGUAUCCCCGGGGAGGACACCAUCAUGAAUGUCCCUGGCUUCUUUCUAGUUCGCCGGGAGAACCCAGAGUAUUUUCCUCGUGGUAGCAGUUACUGGGACCGCUGUGUAGUAGGGGGCUACCUUUCUCCGAAGACGGUGGCAGACACUUUUGAGAAAGUAGUGGCUGGCUCCAUCAACUGGCCAGCCAUCGGGUCCCUCUUGGACUAUGUGAUUCGACCAGCCCCGCCCCCAGAGGCCCUGACUCUGGAAGUGCAGUAUGAGCGCGACAAGCACCUCGUCAUUGACUUCCUGCCAUCAGUGACCCUUGGUGACACUGUCUUGGUGGCCAAACCACACCGGCUAGCUCAGUACGACAACCUGUGGCGGCUGAGCCUGCGUCCUGCUGAGACGGCGCGCCUGCGAGCCCUGGACCAGGCUGACUCGGGCUGCCGCUCCCUGUGCCUCAAGAUCCUCAAGGCCAUAUGCAAGUCCACUCCGGCCCUGGGCCGCCUCACUGCCAGCCAGCUCACCAAUGUCAUCCUCCACUUGGCCCAGGAGGAGGCUGACUGGUCCCCGGACGUGCUGGCCGACCGCUUCCUGCAGGCCUUGAGGGGGCUCAUCAGCCACUUAGAGGCCGGCGUUCUGCCCAGUGUCCUGAACCCUAAGGUGAACUUAUUUGCAGAGCUCACCCCUGAGGAAGUAGACGAAUUGGGAUACACACUCUAUUGCUCGUUAUCCGAGCCGGAGGUGCUGCUGCAGACGUAG